GCUCUGGAGUUGUAGGGAAUUAGUCUGCGCUGAGCCAUCUGCGCUCAUAAAGCUCAUUUGUGUCUGCUUACGAGGAGAAAUUCGGCAUUAUCUGUUCUUACAGAGCGCCUGAAGCGUAAACGCAUCUGUUUGAGAGACAGUGCUCAUGCUUUCCACCAUAAAGAAGACCCGCGCCGUUCGGGGCGGGAGAGGCAGCCGACGGGGGUCUCUGAGGGUCCCAAGAUGGACCGCAGCGUCAGGAGGGCCAGUGGCUCCAUCAAACGGGCCUCCAUCAAGCGCUCCACAUCAGGAUCGCAGAAGGGCCAGAAAGUUUGGAUUGAGAAAACCUUUCACAAAAGAGAAUGCAAUCACAUAUUUCCAGCCAAGGACCCGACCCGGUGUGCCUGUGGGUAUCUAGUGGCUCAACACACAGCCGUCGCCAACAAGCCCUCAGAGGAGAAUCAGCUUGUUCAAGUGGAGCCGCCGCAGGAGAAAUGGUCGGUGGUCCGACAUACCCAGCUCACCCCGACCGACGCGUACGGCAUCAUUGAGUUUCAGGGAGGAGGAUUCAUCAACAAAGCCAUGUAUAUCCGGGUGUCUCAUGACACUAAGCCGGACAGUUUGCUGCAUCUGAUGGUGAAGGAAUGGCAGCUAGAGUUGCCCACGCUGCUGAUUUCGGUCCACGGUGGCCUCCAGAACUUCGACCUGCAGCCCAAACUCAAACAGGUGUUUGGUAAAGGCCUGAUCAAGGCUGCGGUGACCACCGGGGCCUGGAUCUUCACUGGUGGAGUCAGCACGGGAGUGAUUCGGCACGUCGGAGAUGCUUUGAAAGACCACUCUUCAAAAUCCAGAGGGAAAGUCUGCGCUAUAGGAAUCGCACCGUGGGGAAUCCUGGAGAACAAGGAGGACCUCAUUGGAAAAGACGUCAACAAACCAUACCAGGCAAUCUCCAACCCUCUGAGCAAACUAGCGGUCCUCAACAACAGCCAUUCGCACUUCAUCCUGUCUGAUAACGGCACUUGUGGCAAAUACGGAGCCGAGGUCAAGCUACGCAGGCAGCUGGAGAAGCACAUCUCGCUCCAGAAGAUUAACACUCGAUUGGGUCAGGGUGUACCGGUGGUGUGUCUGAUUGUGGAGGGGGGUCCCAACGUGAUCUCCAUUGCCCUGGAAAGUCUGCGCGAGGAGCCGCCUGUGCCUGUUGUGGUUUGCGACGGCAGUGGUCGAGCGUCUGACAUCAUUUCCUUCGCCCACAAAUACUCCGAGGUUGAAGGAUUGGUAAACGAGGACGCAAAAGAGCAACUGUUGGUCACCAUACAGAAAACCUUUAACUACAACAAAAUGCAGUCCGGCCAAAUUCUGCUCAUGGUCCUUGAAUGCAUGAAGAAGAGGGAGCUGGUAAGUUUCUACAGUAAUGUAAGGCAUCAUAGCGCAAUAAACAUCAACAUUUUGGCCAAAUUAAACCAGUUAAAGGGAUAGUUCACCCAAAAAUGAAAAUUCACUCACUAUAUACUCUCCCUCAAGUGGUUAAAAACCCUUUUCUUAUUUCUGGUAAACACUAAAGAGGAUAUUUUGGAAGAAAGCUGAAAACCUGUAACCAUCCAUAGUAGAAAAAACAAAUACUAUGGAAGUCAAUGGUUGCAAGAUUCCAGCAUUUAUUAAAAUAUCUUAUUUGAUGUUCAACAGAAAGACACUCAAGUAAAGGGGGAGUAUGAUGGCAUAAUUUUCCAUUUGUUUGGACGAUCUCUUUAAGACCAGCAUUAAAGAUAAAGCUGGUUUAAAGUGUUGUGUCUAAAAUAUAAGAUAUAAUUUAGUCUACACAGAAAUCAUAUAAUAAGUGCGAGUCUAAAACUGUUUUGAAUGUUUUGUGCAAACUUUCAUCAAUAAACCUUCCCAUUCAUUA